AUGUCCAAACUCGAGGAAAAGCUGAGCGAAUGCGAGGAAACGUCAGAAAAGGAGCCCGAUUUGAGUCCAGAACAGAAACUGUUUCUGGAAAGGCUGGCGGUGUCUCACAACGAUAACGUGCGACGAAGGGAGAAAUCAGUUGAGGAUGUCAACAAGAAGUGUGGAAUAAUAGACGCAUUGUACCAGGGAGACAUGCUUCUUUCCAAGGAACAACGGGAUGAAAUUACUGCGGAUGCUAGCGAUAGUCGUUCCAAACGGCAAGCCUACAACGAUACAAGCUAUCCUGGUAGGAGAUGGCCAAAAGGAGUUUAUUACUCACUUGAUGGAACCUUAAAUGAAACGGCAAAAAAUGCCUUCAGGAAAGCGGCGGAAUUGUGGAUGAACGACACGUGUAUUGACUUCAUAGAAGACCAUGACGAAGAAGUGAAUAUGGAUGUGGCAGAGUUGACAUGCCAGAAGGUAGGCAACUACCCUCAACCCUCGGACGGCUUUUGGAACGGUAGUGUUUCAAAUGGUGUGCCGAAGCCCAUGUGUCUUCAUUGUAGUGUGGCUGAAGCAAAGAGAAAACUUUUCGCAGUUUCUUCCUAUUGCUAA